UCAUCUUCUUCUUCUCCCUUCUUCUUAGGCGUGGCUUUUGGCUUUCAUUACCUUCUCUUUCUCUUUCUCUUUCUUUCUCUCUGUGUGUGUAUGUGUGUCUCUCUCUUUGAGCCAUCAAGAACCCAUCAAUGAACAUGUCUGCUUUCUUUACUUCUCUUUUGUAUAAAAAGAGUAGUGAGAGCAAAAAGACCAGACUUCCAGUCUGUUUUGUCUUAGUUUCUCUUUCACAUAUAUAAUCAUCAUCAUUCUUGCUUCCAUUAAUUAUCUUUAUCCUCUCUCUCUCUCUCUCUCUCUCUCUCUCUCUCUUUAAACCAGCUUUUUUAACAGCUAGUAGUACUAUUUCAAGCAGACAACAAAUCAUUCAAAACUUACUGUUUGAUAUCCUUCUUUGUCCUUAUUCCAAGAAAAGAAAUAAUUAAUCUCUCUAUAAAUUGAUAUGGAUCACCACCAAAGAGAAAAUCCGUCUUUCUCUUCAACUCUUCUUGAUGCAAUUUACCGUUCGAUAGACGAAUCAAACGGUAAAGGAGAAGAAGAGUUGAUUUUGUAUAGAGAAACUAUGAGGAAGAAGCACAGCAGUAAUGGUUUCAAAGAUGGAGCUGCAGUUAAAGAAGAAAGAAAAACAAGUUUGAAAAAAGCAUGCAUGAUUGAGAAAUGGAUGGAGGAGAAAGUAAGCUACGAAAAAGUUGCUAUCCGGAGAAAAUCCAUGGCUGAUUUCGACAAAAUAAAUACUCGAAAGGAUUUCACUCAUCGUCCUGUGUUGCUUAACUCGAGUUCUACUUCUUCAGAGUCGAGCUCUGGUGGUGGGUUUUCUUCUUCAGAAUCUGAAUCAGUUUAUGGUCUGAGUUCAAGAUCAUCGUCAACUAAUUACACCAUGCAAAGGCCAAAGCCAAUUAGAACAAGUGCUUCUGCUCGGCCUGUUGAUGAACUUGGUAUGUACAAUCAUCAUCACCCCACAACACAAAAGCCUAAUAAUAAGCAUCAUGAAGGCAGUUUUGUCAAGACAAAAUCCAAAGCCUUGAAAAUCUAUGGUGAUCUCAAGAAAGUCAAGCAGCCUAUUUCCCCUGGUGGCCGUCUUGCAAGCUUUCUCAACUCUCUUUUCACUGCCGGAAAUGCGAAGAAGGCGAAGAUAUCUUCGCCGUCAGGGUAUGAGGAAAGGACCAAGUUCAAGUCCGAGCAGACAUCAACAUGUUCUUCAGCUUCUUCAUUCUCAAGGUCUUGUCUAAGCAAGACUCCUUCCUCCAGAGGAAAUGGAACUAAAAGAUCGGUAAGGUUUUAUCCGGUUAGUGUAAUUGUUGGUGAGGAUUCCAGGCCUUGUGGGCACAAAACUUUAUAUGGCACUGAUCAAGAGAAUCCUAGUCUGAUGACAAUCACUACAACAAGAGUUCCUACCAAUGAAGAGCUCAAGUUUCAUGUAAUGAAUGAAAGCCGCCGAGUUGAGGAGGUUGCAAGAGAUCUUUUAAGGAAUUUUCAAAAGAAGAAGCAAGAAGAGUUCGAUGUUAGCAAUGGCAAUGUUCCACGAUACCAAGAAUUAGAAGAAGAUGACGAUAAUGAAGAAGAAGAAGAUGAUGAUGAUGCAGCAAGUUAUGCAAGUUCUGACUUGUUUGAAUUAGAUAAUCUUUCUGCUAUUGGGAUUGAAAGGUAUCGAGAAGAAUUGCCUGUGUAUGAAACAACUCAUCUCGAUACUAAUCGAGCCAUUGCCAAUGGCUUACUUCUGUAAUUCCAUGAAAGCAAGCAAGAAACCAGAAAAAAAAAAAAAAAAUUUAAAAGAGAGUACAUUUUGUAUUAAUUAUAGCUUUAUUAAUGAACGGUGCGGGGGUUUACAUCAGAGAAUAAGAUUUUUCAUCCUUUUAUUUAUUUAUAUUUCUUUGUUA